CUUACCCUCUUUCUACCCAAACUUCCUGGGCCUCUUGCAUACGUCAAUUGUAUAUAUUCUAGCAGGAACUCACUACGAUGUCCUCUGAUGAGACGACAAAACCCGGUGUACCCGAUGUUCGGGCUAUCGCGGAUGAGAUUGCGGACGCCGCACCAAGUGCUGGACCAGGCGGAUUGACACCUGUCGAUGCACUCUCGGGGUUGAAGCAAAUUGACAAGACCAUCUUGCGAUUGAACAAGCUACUAGCUUCCCCCGGCGGUCUCUCCGCAUUCCUCUCCACAUUCAACUACUCGCUAUACAUCCUCGCAUACGUACAGACCAAGUCCCACGCGAUAUCCAGCUUUGCGCAGAAGCUUCUCGCCCUCAUCCGGCCUUCUUACGCCGGCACCAAGCCCCCCGCUACAACCCUUAUCAGCAAUGCCGGCGUCCCACCCAUUGCCGCGCUCGCUGUCCUCAUCUCGAAAGCGCGCACAACCCUGAGACUAUUCGGCCUCUUCCCGCUCUAUACAUGGCUGCGAACACUCGUCUCAGGCCCAAAGCCAGGUACGGAUGUAGUCUUGCACCGAAUUGCAAUUCUGCAAGCAAGCAGCUACUUCACCUACCAGGCCCUAGAAAAUGUGUCCCUCCUCGCUGAUUCAGGCGUCGUCUCCUCCACGUUCAUCUCCGCUAUAAACCGCGGCGACUCCAAAACCGCGCGCGUAUACCUCUGGGCGUACCGUGCCUGGCUUGGCGGCAUAUCCUGCGACUUCCUACGUCUCGCGCGAGAGUGGCAGCUCGAAAGUCGCAGACGGGCGACUAGGAGGCUGAUGGUGAGCGAGGGCAAAGCGAUCGCAGCGUACCAGGACGACGAGGAUGCGAAAUUUGAUACGAGGUGGUGGACGGACCUGAUGAUUGCGAGUGCGUGGUUUCCUAUGGCGCUGCACUUUAGUAGCAAUACAGGCGGGAUCCCAGGCUGGAAUCUAGGCUGGAUGGGUGCUUGUGGUUUGGUCGCAGGAACUACGAGGGCGAAAGCGCUGUGGGCUGCGACAGCCAUCGUGGAGGCAAGCAUCGAAGACCACCGAAAAGCCCUCGGAUCUGGCCAAAUCACUAGCGUCACCCUCGCGAUCAGCUACCUAAACCGCAUCGCAGCCUACGAUACUGUCUCUGGCCUCAAUGCACUUACAGUCUUGAACUGCCAGGUGCUCAAGGAAGCGGCAUCAUCUGAUGCACGUCGAGCCCAGGGUCUGCCGCCACGGCCUCUCGAAGGUAUCCCCUACACAAUCAAAGAUAGCUACAAAUAUGCUGGCUUGAGCGUUACGAAUGGCUCCCCUGCGCUCGAAGGAUUGAUGUCGAGUGAGGAUUCAGCGAUUGCAAAGAAGUUGCGAGAUGCGGGGGCGAUACUGAUUGGGAAGACUAACAUGCCACCCAUGGCGGCGGGAGGGAUGCAGAGGGGACUGUAUGGCCGUGCCGAGUCUCCCUACAACUCAAAGUACCUUACGGGAGCCUUCUCGUCUGGCUCUUCAAAUGGUGCGGCGACAUCGAUAGCAUCGAGUAUGGCGAUCUUUGGCAUGGGCAGCGAGACGGUGAGUAGUGGCCGCAGUCCAGCGUCAAACAAUGCAUUGGUCUGCUAUACGCCUUCAAGAGGGAUAUUGAGCUGCCGAGGUCUUUGGCCACUGUACGUUACGUGUGACGUGCCCGUUCCAUAUGCGCGGUCUAUGAGCGAUAUGCUCGAGAUCCUGGCUGUAAUUGCGGCGCCGGAUGAAGAGACCAAAGGAGACUUCUGGCGUGAGCAGCCUCAUGUUCCGAUCCCCAAGCCGCAACAGACCGACUACACAUCGUUGCGGAAGCUAUCGGCACUAGAAGGCAAGAGGAUCGGAGUACCGAAUAUGUACAUCAAUCUGAAAGACUCAGAUCAGCAUGCAAAACAUCCCUAUGUUUCGUUCGAAGUCGUCCAGUUAUGGGAGCAAGCAGCAAAGAACUUGAAAUUCCUUGGAGCAGAGAUCAUAUACACGGAUUUUCCACUCGUAACGAGGUACGAGAAUGAGUCCGUGUCUGGAGAAGCAAACAACGUCGUGGAUGCACCGUCGGAUUGGCAUCAAGUAGAGCGCGGAAUUCUCAUUGCGAAGGCGUGGAAUGACUUCCUCGAGCAGAACGGCGACGCCGAUAUCAAAGCAUUGGCAGACAUAGAAGACCCGAGGAUGCUUUUUCCCAAGCCCAAAGAUUACAAGCCAGACACCUUUCUCGAAGUACGAAAUUGGAUCGACUAUGCUGGCCUGCCUGCUCUUCUCUCCCAAGUGAAGAAUAUUUCCAUAUACGACCUGCCCGGCCUAUCGCAAGCCCUCAAAGCUCUUGAACGCCAACGUAAACGUGACCUCGAAGACUGGAUGGACACACUCAAGCUAGACGUCAUUGCAUUCCCUGCACAAGGUGACGUUGGAGUAGCAGAUCUAGAAUUCAACCUCAAGAGCACACAGCAUAGCCUACAAAAUGGCGUGAAGUACUCCAACGGAAACCGAGCGAUUCGACACUUAGGUGUACCGACUGUGAGCGUGCCGAUGGGUAUCAUGACCGAAAAGGGCAUGCCAGUCAAUUUGACUUUCGCUGGAAAAGCAUAUGAAGAUGUAAAGUUGCUUGAAUACGCAUAUGCAUUUGAGCAAGCUACCAAGAGACGGAUCAGCCCGCCUUUGACUCCUCCUCUGGACACAGAUACAGUGAUCACAAGAAAAUUGACACCACACAAAGAUAGUCGACGCCUAGAUCUCUGCGCAGGUGUCUCUACCACGAGGCAAAGUGAUGGUACUCUGCUCCUACAUUUCUCGGGCACUAUCUCCGUCGACUUUCAGGAGACUACGUUGCAGAUUUAUCUUGACGGACAGGAAGCGUAUCUCGAGAAGAGUAGCACGGAGUCCUGGGCUGUAUCUUUGAAGCAUACGCCUCAGCGGCCUGUUUGUCUGGGAUGGGAUCUCAAGCCACUGAGUCCUAGGAAGGUCAUGGCAAUUAUUGUUGCGCGGGGAGAUGGU